AUGACAUCCUCAAGACCAGCUGUGCUUGUCAUCGGUGGUGCCUGGCAUCCACCAGCAUGCUACGAUCCUCUAAGAGUCCGCCUAGAGGCCAUGGGAUAUGAAUACUACUGUCCUCAACUCCCCAGCCUCGGAGCAGAGUCCAGGGGCGUCACAUUUGCAGACGACGUCGAAGCUAUUCAAAAGCUGGCGGUGAGGCUAUUUGAUCAAGGAAAGGAGGUCGUUAUCAUCGGCCACUCCUCUGGUGGUCUUCUCGCAUGCGAUGUGACUCAAGGGCACGAGGUCGCGCAGCGCGCAAAGGAGGGAAAACCAGGAGGCUUCCGCCAUGUCAUCUUCCUUGCUGCCUUUUUUGUCCCCGCUCGUGGAAUGGACAUGCUUCAGACGCUCGGCGGCGCAUGGCCCGAUUGGCAGAUUGCCGGAGAGCCGUAUACCAAGGGACAUCUCCUUAGACUCAAAGAUAGCGCCAAACAAAAGUUGUUCAGUGACUUGCCAGACAGCGAGGCCCAAAGGCUCUUUGAGUCUCUGCUGCCUCAUUCGCAAGAUGCCUUUGAGACGCCGUCCAAUUUCAUCCCAGAUGAUAUCACGAUGCCAAAGACUUAUAUCAUCUGUGAAAAAGACGCGAUACUUUCCAUUGAAUUGCAGAAGCGCCUAAUUGCACAAUCUCCUGGGUUCAGAUCGGAAUCCAUCAACACUGGCCACAGCCCAUUUCUGACUGAGCCAGAUGAGUUUGCUGAGCUGGUGAAGAAAAUAAUUAUUGCAGACUAA